AUGCUCUUCACAGGCCUCAACUUCCUCUUCUUUUGGAUGACAUGGACAACCCUCGUAUUGUCGCAUUCUCCACUUCGAGUCGAACUGUUCGGCACUCUCGCUAUACGACUGGUUUUCUACCUUGCACCUUCAGUCUUCUUUUUUCUAUUUGAUACUAUACUUCCCUAUGCGGCUUCCUCUGUCAAGGCGCAAGGCCAUAUUGCGCUCCCAUCGGGCCAUAAGCGUCGCAAAAUCAGUCGCAAGGAAGUCAAGAUCAUAGGAUGGUCGUUAUUCAAUAUUCUGCUUAGUAUUGUAGUGCAGGGCGCUGCAGAAUUCACUUUGACUACAUUGCUUCGGAGAAGGAGCUUGAUCAAGGUUGCUGUGCGAUUGCCGUAUCCCUGGGGGAUAACUACCGAUAUUGUAAGGGGUUUUAUACUAAGAGAAAUCUUGAAUUAUUCUAUUCAUCGUUUUGUACUUCACAAUGAAAGGCUCGGUAUUACGCGACUCCACGAAACUUGGUAUCAUGGCCUGAGAGCACCCUGGCCGUUGACGGCCCAUUACGACCAUCCACUUUGUUACUUGCUGUGGAAGUUCCUUCCCUUAUACGUGCCUGCUGCCCUAUUCCGUUUCCAUAUGAUCACAUACAUGGUCUUUCUCGGACUCGUGUCUCUCGAAGAAACCUGGACACACUCCGGCUACUCUACCGUUCCCUUAGGAUUUGUGCUAGGUGGAAUGGCUCGACGCACGGAAAUGCAUGUAAUUUCAGGCGGAGAUGGGAAUUACGGCGCUUGGGGAAUUUUGGAUUGGCUCGGUGGUUCUACUGCUGAUGAGAAUGAUACCAUUGAAGAAGAUGUGCGAGCAGAGCUGGCGGACUUGGAUAUUGAUGCAAAAAUUCGAAAGGCUGUUCAGGAAGCGAAGAAUCAUAUGGGAGAUUCUGUUGAGAAGGAAAGAGUCAAGACAAGACGAAGGGUUAACGGCAAUUCUUGAUAGUGUAUAACAGUAUACCGCAGAUGAUCUAUG